AUGCUGGAAGCACGGCUCGAGCAGGCUAAUAUCCUGAAAAAGGUGGUCGAUGCCAUCAAAGAGCUCGUCCAGGAUUGCAACUUCGACUGCAAUGACUCGGGCAUCGCGCUUCAGGCCAUGGACAACUCGCACGUCGCCCUCGUGUCCAUGAUGCUCAAGGCCGAGGGCUUCUCGCCCUACCGAUGCGACCGCAACAUUGCCCUCGGCGUCAACCUGACGUCUCUGACAAAGGUUCUCCGCGCCGCUCAAAACGAGGAUAUCCUGACCCUCAAGGCCGAGGACGCCCCCGACGUCCUCAACCUCGUUUUUGAGAGCAGCGAGAACGACCGCAUCAGCGAGUACGACCUCAAGCUCAUGGACAUUGACCAGGAGCACCUGGGCAUCCCGCAGACAGAGUAUGCCUCCACCAUUGCCAUGCCCGCUGCCGAGUUUCGAAGAAUCUGCACAGACCUGGCUGCCAUGUCCGAAUCAGUCAACAUCGAGGCCUCCAAGGACGGCGUCAAGUUCUCGUGCAACGGCGACAUUGGCAACGGGUCCGUGACGCUGCGGAGCCACACCAACGUCGAGAAGCCCGAGCUCAACGUCGACAUUGAGCUGACGGAGCCCGUCUCUCUGACCUUUUCCCUCAAGUACCUCGUCAACUUUUGCAAGGCUGCCGCCCUUUCCUCCCAGGUCAAGAUCUGCCUGUCCAGCGAGGUACCCCUGCUGGUCGAGUACAACCUGUCUGGUAGCAGCUACCUGCGCUUCUAUCUGGCGCCAAAGAUUGGCGACGACGAGUAA